CCACUUACCGAUGCCUUAUUAUGUCCACAACAAAGGAUAAAAUAAAUUUUCAAAAUACUUGGAGCUGUAAUAAAACAACUGGCCGCCGAUCUGGAAACUUACAAUCGAUACGCCGUUUAUUAGAACACGAUACCAGCUCAUCGGUAUGUCCCAGCUGUCGCAUCUCGUUCGACAAGGGCAAGAGGAGAAAAUUGAUCGACACCUGCGGUCAUGAACGCUGCUAUUCGUGUAUGUUCCGCAACGAUCAGUGUCCGAUGUGCAUGAAUAGUUCGCUGAAAGAUGUCGAUUGCAGCAGCAAUGCCCAAGGCUAUGAUACGGGCAUUGGCGGUUCAACAUCGACAAUUGUUAGCCCUCUGGGCUCGCCACAGCCGCAGCUAAGAUCGCAAGUGCAACGGGCAAAUGCCGCAGCGUUGGCACGUUAUAUGCAGCGUCAAUUCAACAACAAGUUGCAAUUGAAUCCCCAAUGGGACCAAACUACAACAACAAAAAUUAAAACUCUGGUCUUUGUCUUCGAAAAAUCAACACCAAAAGGCACCCAACUGAAGAACACCACCUCGCCAGCAUGCCAAGCUGGCUGGCUGGCAUGCAGUUUCAUUAGCUGGGCGAUUGGGUCUUACAAUUCGAUCGUUCGCUGUGAUCGCUCAUUCACUUCACUUCGGUGA